CCUAAAUUGAGGUGAGGGGCCGCCGCGCAUCCACAAAUCCACGCUGAUGGUCUCGAUGGACUAAUAAUUUUUUGUAGAAUCUAUCUUCUCUAGUCUCGGCAAGCCUAUGCUGCGUUAAUCCUUGCGCCGCAUUGCCAGAGAGCGGUUAGUUCUGGUUCAUCCUUAAAACCAACAAUCUACUAAAUCACGAGUGCCACAUCAUAACUGCUCGUCUGAAGUCAAUGUUUGGGGCAUCGCUGCUGCUUCAUCCCUUUCUCCUCGAUUCAUGAUGGCUGCCGUUUAUAAUCGACAAGGUUUAAAUCCACUUGUGCUCCCGGAAAUUGUUGGACUGGUGGUGGACAAUGUUCACUUGGUACCAGAUCUUUUGAGUUGUGCCUGUGUGAACAGCACGUGGAGCGUGGCAGCUUUGGAGAAGCUCUACAAAGGCUCCCUGAACGAUAUGCAGUUCCGCACGCCUGACAUUGGAUCGCUUAAUUGCCUGUUUGUAGCAUCACAAGAGCGCUUCAGACGAAACAUGACCUUUGUGAAACAUCUUCUUCUUUCUUUAGAGAAUCCUGCAGUUGAUGAAGUAACACUCCCGGAUAUUAGGCUUAUAUGCAAUGAGAAGUGUCGCGCGAUGCGCCAUCGUCAAUCUGCUGAGCUCCUCCUGCAACCGCAAGGAGCGGGCCUUGCAAGUCUCACAAUCCCGUUCGAGAUCGAGGGUCAAGACUGGUCGCGCAUUUCUGACCUCCUCCUCCCUCGAACGGUUGAGUUUUUGGCUAUUGAUGACUACUACUGUGGGCUUUUAAUGACCAGCUCCGAUUAUUUCCAAGGAAUCACCCAUGCUGAUAAAUUCUCAAACCUCAAAGCUCUCACGAUCUACAAAUCAGAAAGCGGCCAAGACAUAGACAAGCUUUGUCAACUGAUUAAUAUUUGUGAUCUGGAGUUUUUCCACCUUGAAGGAACUGACAAGCUAACCGAAUCCGACGCUGCGGAGCUCCUAUCGUGCCUUCGGCGACAAGAAAAUCUCAAGGCGUUGGCGCUUAUUAUCCCCAAUCGUGCCGCCCUUUUAGGAUCGUCAUCUAUAACGUUGACAAGUAAGGAACAGGGAGAUCUAUGGCCCAAGCUGAAGAUGUUGUACCUUGGGGUUGCGGACCAACACUGGCUGGAGCAAUUCCCAAAGUUCGAGAAGCUUCAAAUCCUUAGGUUAGAAAAGCCUAUCAGCCAAAACUUCAUCAAAAAGAUUGCGAAAUGCCGACACCUACGGGUCAUCGAUGUUGUUUUUGAUGAGCUUGAUGACGUGGAAGCGCUCCUUGAUAUCGCCCGUGGCUGCCCUCUUUUACAGAAGUUUAGUGUGAAGCACCUAGGCCUAGGCUUUGAGGGGGAACCGGAAUCGGCGGAAAACCUGCGUGUAGCGCUGUUGCGUGCGCUGCAUCGCCUGGAGCACCUUGAACUUAACUUGAGGUUCCGGAUGGACGGUGCAAGACUUCUUGACCUCACACGUUCCUGCCCGCGACUCAUUGUUCUUGCGCUACCUCAGUCUCGAUUAUGUCUGUCUCUUGCGCUGUUGACAAAAUCGCGUCCCUUCUGGCAGUUAGAGAUCAUGCACUUCGCAAGCAUAUUCUUCGAGGAUUCACGACGCUUGAUGGAGUCGGACGGUAUCCAGGCCAUUGCAACGGAAUGGAGCAGGAUAUUCCCAAAGCUUCGAGGAAUGCCCUGUCCAGCGGAUAUUUACUCUUCGUAUAUGCAGGAAGAUGAUUUGAACAGGGACUCAGAAGGAGACAGGGUUAGUGUGAGCGUUGAUGAAGAGAUGUCAGAUUUGAAUGAAGAAUCAGAAGGAGACAUGGCCAGUGUGAGCGCUGACGAAGAGAUGUUAGACUUGAACGAAGGAUCAGAAAGAGACUGGGCCAGUGUGAGUGCUGAUGAAGAGUUAUCACUAAGUGAGCCCGGGCUUGACUUUGACAACUACGAGUCUGAUUGGUUUAUUUUACGGACUAAGUUGUGGAAGGUUCUUGGUUACGCGGUCAUUAAUGAUAAGAUCGAAAAUAUGUGGCAAAAGAGGCUAGAAAUCGAGACAAUUGGCUGGCCUGUAGUACCUUUAAUGGCGUUUUCGGACCCAGACGCGCACUCCUCAACUGCUAAACGUUGCCGAUAACUGGAGGUGUAGUGGGAUCAUAAUGCUGGUAGAGACAGAAAUCAGAUUCAAGAGCACUUAUAUAUUAUGCUAACUCUACUGCUACAUUCAAGUCCCUCUGUGCCUUCCAGAGAACCUCUUUCAUCCGAGCAUAUAGGCCACUAUCAAUUGUUCCACAGGCACCUCUUCAAUA